AUGGCAAGCAUGUACCAAGAACAGAACAAAGAUAAGUUGAAAGAAGGUUUUGAGUACCUGGAGAACGUAAUACAUCGUGAUUUCAAACAGCCGCCAUGGAAAUUGAUUCAGGAAAGAAAACAAUACGCCAAGGGACGAGACUUGAUUCUGUCUACGGCUACCGGAAGUAACUCUCCUAACACAGGAGAAUUGAGAAAAGACUCAAAGGUGCAUGAGGCAAAGAAACCUGCUGGAACUCGUACCCCGUCAAAUAAAAAAGGCCAAGACACGACCACAGCUCAGAUGUCCCCGGUUAACCACGUUGAGAUGCCAAAACCAGAAGUAAGCAAAGAGAAGAAUGUGACCAAAAAGGCCAGUGGAACACCAAGACACAAACUGGAGACACCAAUUACCCUAUAGAAGUUCAAAGAAGUCUAAAAGAUGCACAAAAGCAGGCGUCAAAACGAUCACUCCCGGUGAUAAGAGAGAAAGUGAAACAUAAUCUAAAAUCACUCGAGGAAAACAAUUCAUUGGACAUGCUUGGACCUUUCGUCGAUAAGAUUACCGAGAUAUGCUGGGGUAUGGUGAUGCAGAGCCCGCGCGUGGAGUUCUUAUUUCCCCCAAACAAACGAGGAGAAAGAUUCAAUAAAGACUUUUUUAAAGAAUUCACUCAAUCAGGGGAUAGCCUGGACUAUGUUGUGUGGCCUGCAAUGGUCACACACAAACAGGGAUCCCUCCUUAUGAAGGGGAUUGUCCAGCCUAUAUCUAGACAGUAACGCACAUCAGUAUACUGUCUUGUCUAUAACUAAAAGGACACAAUGAUCAGGGUACUAUCCAGCCUUUAGUAAACACAGUUUGUUGUCAAUCGUUAACCCAUGGCGGGGAACUACAUAUCCAGUCUAUUAUUCCUUGUGAUACGUUCAUAUAACCCUGGAAGAAUCGAAUAUGCAUUUUACAUAACAACACUAACAAUACAUAAAGUCAUAUUCUUCAAUUUAAUUGAUUUUUGUUUCACAUUGACGCUUGACAUGUACGCGUUAUAUUGCAAAACUAACGCGUUAUAUCGCGUCAAUAACACGUUACAUGUAUUACGCAAAACGUGUUAUAUACUGAAGACGAGGAAACGGUUGGCCAUAGUUUGACUCAAUUUUACGUAAACAAUCAAAUUUGUAAAAGACUGAGAAAAGGUUCUCGAUACCUGAAACCGGUUGGAAAAAACAUCAUUUAUCUCUUUAUGGAGGUAAUACAAUUGUAAACUAAAUUUGUUACGAAUGCAGUGGGGCCAAGGAAGAAUAGUCAUCUGAUGCUUAAUGCUAUGGCUGGAGCACUUUCUUCCUCUUUAUUCAUUUUAAUUAACUCUUCCAUUCAUGAAUGUUCCUAUCCCGAUGUAUGGAAGUAAAUUCAUAUUUACACUUAUUUGAGAACGGUGGUCUUUAAAUUAAAAUUACUUUAAAUCACAGGUAGUUUUUUUUUUACAUUAUUUAACAAAAACAUCGAGUAGGUAAAUACUUUGAUAGAGCGUAUGACGUCGAGAAGAUAAUAUUUGGAUACAGUGUGUAUGACGUCGUGAGGGUAAUACUUGGAUACAAUGUGUAUGACGUCGUGUGGGUAAUACUUGGAUACAAUUUGUAUGACGUCGUGUGGGUUAUAUUUGGAUACAGUGUGUAUGAUGUCGAGUGGGUUAUAUUUGGAUACAAUGUGUAUGACGUCGUGUGUGUAAUACUUGGAUACAAUGUGUAUGACGUCGUGUGGGUAGUAGUUGGAUACAGUGUGUAUGACGUCGUGUGGGUAAUAUUUGUAUACAAUGUGUACGACGUAAGUGGGUAAUAUUUGGAUACAAUGUGUAUGACAUUAGUGAGUAAUACUUGGAUAUAAUGUGUAUGACGUUAGUGGGUAAUAUUUGGAUACAAUGUGUAUGACGUUAGUGGGUAAUAUUUUGAUAUAGUGUGUAUGACGUCGUGUGGGUAAUAUUUGGAUACAAUGUGCAUGACGUUAGUGGGUAAUACUUGGAUACAAUGUGUAUGACGUCGUGUGGGUAAUACUUGGAUACAAUGUGUAUGACGUCGUGUGGUUAAUACUUGGAUACAAUGUGUAUGACGUCGUGUGGGUAAUACUUGGAUACAGUGUGUAUGACGUCGUGUGGGUAAUACUUGGAUACAAUGUGUAUGACGUUAGUGGGUAAUAUUUGGAUACAGUGUGCAUGACGUUAGUGGGUAAUACUUUGAUACAAUGUGUAUGACGUCGUGUGUGUAAUAUUUGGAUACAAUGUGUAUGACGUCGUGUGUGUAAUACUUCGAUACAAAGUGUAUGACGUCGUGUGUGUAAUACUUGGAUACAAUGUGCAUGACGUCAGUGGGUAAUACUUGGAUACAGUGUGCAUGACGUUAGUGGGUAAUACUUGGAUACAAUGUGUAUGACGUCGUGUGUGUAAUAUUUGGAUACAAUGUGUAUGACGUCGUGUGUGUAAUACUUCGAUACAAAGUGCAUGACGUCGUGUGUGUAAUACUUGGAUACAAUGUGCAUGACGUCAGUGGGUAAUACUUGGAUACAGUGUGUAUGACGUCGUGUGUGUAAUACUUGGAUACGGUGUGUAUGACGUCGUGUGUGUAAUACUUGGAUACGGUGUGUAUGACGUCGUGUGUGUAAUACUUGGAUACGGUGUGUAUGACGUCGUGUGGGUUAUAUUUGGAUACAGUGUGUAUGACGUCGUGUGUGUAAUACUUGGAUACAAUGUGUAUGACAUUAGUGGGUAAUACUUGGAUACAGUGUGCAUGGCGUUAGUGGGUAAUACUUGGAUACAAUGUGUAUGACGUUAGUGGGUAAUACUUGGAUACAAUGUGUAUGACGUCGUGUGUGUAAUACUUGGAUACAAUGUGUAUGACGUCAGUGGGUAAUACUUGGAUACAGUGUGCAUGACGUUAGUGGGUAAUACUUGGAUACAGUGUGUAUGACGUCGUGUGGGUAAUACUUGGAUACAAUGUGUAUGACGUCAGUGGGUAAUACUUGGAUACAGUGUGCAUGACGUUAGUGGGUAAUACUUGGAUACAGUGUGUAUGACGUCGUGUGUGUAAUACUUUGAUACAAUGUAUACGACGUUAGUGGGUAAUAUUUGGAUGCAGUGUGUAUGACGUUAGUGGGUAAUAUUUGGAUAUAGUGUGUAAGACGUCGAAGGUUUUAUUGAUACCACUUAAGAAUAACGCUGAGUUGUUGUACACUUGUAUAAUCCAAAAUUUUGGUUGAUAAGACGAUUUUCUGUGUUUUGAUAUUUUUCUUUAACGUCUGAAUCAGUUAUAUCACCUAAACUAAACAUGUAAAUAUGUCGACAUUUAAAUGACAAAUCGACAUAAAUCAUGUCGAAAAAGUGACUAGUUCAACUACGUCGCCGCAAUAACACUUUAGUUUCACGAAAGAACGCAAACGUUUUGCGUUAUAUUAUUAUUUUCAACGAAAAUGAUCCCAACCACAGACGUUCGUAAUUACGUAAUUUUUUUUUCAGUUGAUUUAAUUAAUAUUUAUUCAAUUAAGUCCAUAUACUUCAAAACACUAUGUUAUAUAUCAGCUCGUUAGGUUAUCAAUCAUAUCAUUGCAUAUGCGCGUCAGGCAAUAGCCAGGAUCUUGGGUCAUUUAAUUAAGGACGUGCCAGGUUUUGGAGGUGGAGGAAAGCCGGCGUACCUGGAGAAUUAUCACCGGCUAAGUAGUUGAACUACAUGUAGUCAGUAUCUGACAGCUGCCACACGAAGGUUUCGAACUCGCGACCGAGAGAUGGAGGGCUAGUGAUAAAGUGUCGGGACAUCUUAAUCAUUCGGCCAUCGCGGCCCCUCGUAUUCUGGUGAAGCAUUCUUCAAACAUACAUUGUACAUCUAACUUUUUUACAUAGCAGUUUAGUAUUGAAUUUUUAUUUAGAGCUUAAGGCAUGUAGUUAUUUUGUUUUUUACUCUAUUCUAAUUUCAUUCAUUAUUUCUAAAACAAAUAUUAAACUUAAGAGCACCAUUGUUAUACAAUCUAAUUAAAAUUAUCCACUCUGUAAACUCCGUGUUCAAAUAUUUAAUGUUAAUUAGAUUGCAUUGUUAUACGAAUUCUGAAACUGAUACUAUGUGAUCAAAAUGUAAACGAUGUUGUAUAUAUGGAGCAUUUUGUUAAACAUUAAUGUUGACGUAAAUACUACAAUGUAUUAAAAAUAAAAACACAUAAUAAGUA